UUUAACCGUCGAGUGUCCAAUUAAAAGCGGAAGUAUCUUCUAAUUAACAGACUAUUUUAGUGUCAAUCUCAGUUUCAAUCUCUAUCUCAAACUCAAACUCAAACGCACACUCAAACUCUAUCUCUAUCUCAGUCUCGAUCUGAAUCAAAUUAUUAAAAUCAGUCGCUCUUUCUGGAGUUGAUUGGGGUGAGAAUGACGACGAAGCCUUUGAUCAACGUUCCGAUCUUCCCUUCCCUUCCUCAUUUCUCCAAAUCCAACACCAAAUCUCUCAAGCUCCUUAAAGGGCCCCCACUUUCUUGCAUAAGGAAGAAUGGAAGCCUCAAUGGCUUCUCUAGCCUACCUUCAAAAAUGGAGUCAAGUGAUCAUGAUAAGGCAGAUGAGUCUCAGGAAAAUUUUCAGACUUCUAAUAUGGAGCAGGAAAUAAAAAAUAAUGACGUUUGGCGACUCUUUAGAGAAGCUCAGCAGAAUAUUUUAUAUUUGAACAAACAACGUCUUUGGGCUGUUGAGGAGCUGAACAGAAGGAGCAGAGAAAAAGAAAUUUUGAUUGACAAGUUAGAGCAACUGGAAGCUGAAAAGCAGAGCCUUGAUGUUAAAGACAAGCAAUCAAUUUAUUGGGAGUUGCUGCUUCGGAUAGACUCAAUGGUUCUCACUGGCUUGAUUAACACCGGGGAGGCAUCUGAUUUGAGAAAUCUGGUCCUGGAUUCUAAAGUUAGUGUAGCUGACGUUUUCUCUAAUGUCCUACAGAAAAGUGAUGCUGAGCUUUUGGCUGAAUUUAGAUAUCUCUCUGUCGAAAGCAAAAAGAAUGCUUAUCACAUUAUCCACAUCUGCACUGAAAUGGAACCGUUGGUCUCAGUUGGAUCUUUGGCUUCAUAUAUAACAGGCCUAUGCUGUGCACUACAAAGGAAGGGUCACCUGGUGGAGGUUAUUUUGCCAAAGUAUGCUAGUAUGGACCUAGAUGAUGUCCAUGGGCUGCGGGAAAUUGAGGCAGAGGCCUAUUCAUAUUUUAAUGGUCAAUUUCAUGGAAACAAAAUUUGGACUGGUGUUGUCCAUGGAAUUGGAGUUACUUUCAUUCAACCUUCAGACUAUUCAUCAUUUUUCAACCGUGAUUGUGUAUACGGUUACCCGGAUGACUUUGAAAGGUUUACCUAUUUUUCUCGUGCUUCUUUAGAUUAUAUUAUAAAAUCUGGAAAGAAGCCUGAUGUCUUACACAUACAUAACUGGGAGACUGCUAUAGUUGGACCACUUUUCUGGGAUAUAUUUGUUAACGAGGGCCUUGGAAACACUAAAAUAUUGUUAACAUGCCACAGCCUUGAUUCACAGUGCCUUGUGCAUCCUGAUAAGCUUGCACUCUGUGGACUUGAUCCUGAUAGACUUCACCGUCCUGAUCGUUUUCAAGACAAUACAAAGACACAUCUAAUCAACACUUUGAAGGGUGGCAUAGUUUACUCCAAUAAAGUCAUUAUAUUAUCAUCCAUAAAUUCAAAAUGUGAGAUCAUUCGUAGUUUCAGUUAUGGACUGGAAUCUACCCUAAGCAUUCACCAGAACAAAUUGCUUGUUGCUCCUUGUGGAUUUGACAACUCCAGCUGGGAUCCUUAUUAUGACAAAUUUCUUCCAGAAAAUUAUUGUUCAGAGAAUCUACAGGGUAAAACUGCUUGCAAAGUUGCAUUACAGCAGCAACUGGGGUUAUUCAAAGAUGCUGCUACCAUUCUUGUUGGAUGCAUCUUCUCAGAGGUAUCAGAUGUUGUUUUGGAGAACCUGAAGACACUUCUUCGAGAUGCUAUCAUGAAGGGCAUCCAGUUUGUCUUCAUGGGAACUGACAAAACACCAAGUGUGAAUUGGGCGCUGGUAUCUUUGCAGGACGAGUUCAAAGGUGGACAUAUUAGAUUUUUGGAUAUCUAUGAUGAAGCUUUAGCACACCUGAUCUUUGCAGGAUCUGACAUUAUAUUGUGCCAAUCUUUCCAUGAUCCUGUCCUUCAAGUGCCACUUAAGGCCCUAAAAUAUGGUGCUGCUCCAAUAUUGGUAGCCUCGGAUGAUAUCAGAUUCAGGCAUGAUCUGGUUAUUGACCAUGAGACCACUAAAUUUUCUCAUUACAUCAACUCUACCUUCGGAAAUAUGACUCUAAGCCAGGCUUUGAACGAAAUUAAGAACAGCCCAUCUACAUGGAAACAAAAAAUCAUGGAUGCCAUGUCAGAAGACUUCUCUUGGGAUUCAGAAUGCUGCGACAUUCAUGUUUCUGCAUACUCAGCCCUAAAGAAUCUGUAAACCUGGAACAGGUUUGCUUGUGUAUAUAUAUAUAUAUAUAUAUAUAUAUAUAUAUAUCAAUCAAUGCGUUGAUAGUGAAUAUAGAUAAUUAUUUUGAGGUUGGCAUAAGUUGUGUCUGCAUGCAUAAGGAGCCGGCAGCAUGGCAUUUAAUUGCCAUUUUCAGUAGCUUGAAGGGAAUAAGUCAGAAUAAUAAGUUGCAGGUUUUAAUCCUUCAAUUUUAGAGCCAUUUUAAGUAUAGUGAAUAGUCAUGCACUAUUGCGUAACGGUUUUGUUAGGUAAAUAGGUGCAUAAAGUGAGACCAAACAAAAGAUGAUUAAUAUUCUGCGCAGUCAAGUAGUGUGUUAAUAAAUAGAUUGAACAGCAGCAUUUGAUUUUCUUAAGACUUAUGAUGUUAAAUUAAUUGCAAGAUUAUUUAGAAUAGCAAAUGUAGUUGCUUUAGCUUGUCAUGAUGGAGAAUGGAGAGCGUUCCAGGACACAUAGUUACGUUGGAAAGGAAAAAACAGAGUCCAAUUGCAUGAUGGAAUGAAUUAUGAGGGGAUUCCUAACCAAUAAAAUUAUGUGUACUUAUAUUUGGUAUGUAAUUUAUGUAUACA